UAUAAGCUACAUUUUUUUUUAUCUUAAACCUUGCCGUCUAUAAUUAAUAAUAAUAACAACUCUGAGAUAAUAAUAAUAUCGUUUAUCGAGCAUUUUGUCACUGCGUUUUCUCGUCGCUACUGCAAAGUUCAAACUGCCCGUGGCUGCUUCCCAGCAGCAGUCCGUUGGUCGUUCAUUGUUUGCUUAUCCCUCUGCCCGGACCUGGAGAAGAACGUCUAGUCGUGGUCUGCACCCUACAUCCUGUCACCCAGCAACUCGAGCGCUAUUAGAUCUUCUUAGCGGUCGGUCCUAACACAACUACAAUGUUGAUGGUCGCUCACACAGUCACAUACAUCCGCGACUGUCAUCUAGGUGUCCCGGCUUGGUGACUGUUUGGUUUUUUGAUGGCCCUACUCAGUACAUCAAUUCUUAUAUUAUCUGUAACAUUGGCCAGUAUGAGAAAUGUGAUGAGUUUCAUUCAACUGAUUGUGUUGUUUCUGCCGUUUGCGUUAUCUGCAAGUCCAAAUUGGAUGUAUUUAGGUAUAAUAGGAAUACCACCACCUCUUCAACAACAACAAGCAUCGCCAGGCUCAGAGAUCGAGGAUCCAGAAAUAGUUCAAGCUAGAGCUGUUUGUAGUGCUUUACCUGGUUUAGCAUCAAAACAAGUGGAUGUGUGCAUGAAACAUCCAAACGCUAUAUACUCAGUUUCUGAUGGGGCUAAAAAAGCCAUUGAACAGUGUCAACUUCAAUUUCGUCAUGAACGAUGGAACUGUUCAGUUAUGGAAAAUGAACAAAGUGUAUUUGGUCCUACACUGGACAAAGGUAGUAAAGAGACCGCUUUUAUAUAUGCUAUCACCAGUGCAGGAGUAGUGUAUUCAAUUACAAAUGCAUGCAGUUCUGGUAAAUUAACUGAAUGCAGUUGUGACUCUAUGCAACAUGGUCAAACGACACCUGAAGGAUGGAAAUGGGGAGGUUGCAGUGAUAAUUUGCGCUUUGGAUUACAAUUCUCUCGAAAGUUUGUUGAUGGUUCUGAACCCAAUCGCCCGGAUAAUUUUAAAACCACAAAACAAAAGAGAAUCUGGUCCAAUCGCCUCAAAAUGAACUUGCACAACAAUGAAGUAGGCAGACAGAUUGUAAUGUCAUUAAUGAAAAUGCAUUGUCGUUGUCAUGGUGUGUCAGGAUCAUGUGAACUAAAAACCUGUUGGAAAUUUAUGCCAUCAUUCAAUGAGAUUGGCAAUGAACUAAAACAGAAAUAUGGAAAGGCAAUUCUUAUAAAUCAUGCUGUAAACGAUUCACAAAAGAAAAAUAGUACAAUACAUAAGAAGAGAGAGCCCCGAGCUUUAAAGAGACUAAAAAGACGAAUGUUAGUUGAAUCAAAAGAAUUGGUGCAUAUACAAAAGUCUCCAAACUAUUGUAAGCAAGACUUUGAAAAUGGAGUACUUGGUACAGAAGGGCGGAAGUGCAAUAUUACAUCAACUGGACCGGAUUCUUGUAAUAAACUGUGUUGUGGUCGUGGUUAUAUCACUAAGGUUGUGAAGGAAGAAGAACACUGUAAUUGCAAGUUUGUUUGGUGCUGUUACGUUAAAUGCGAUAUAUGCUACAAAAACAUUGAACAAAAAUCUUGUAAAUAAAUGAAUGGGAUUGAACGUGUACUUGGAAUUAAAUUUUUUAUGAUUGCUUCAAAAGAAAUCUUUAGUCUGUUCUUAUUCAUAAAUGCCAGUUUGCAUUCAAUUGAUAGAAAUAAUAUAAACAGUAAAACCUCCUUAUAACGAACAUAACCAUUAGGGAAAUAUCCUUAUAAUUGAAUAUAACUGUCCCGGAUAACCUAUAUCCCAUAUAUUUUAGUCUCUUUUCAACGAAGAACUCUGUAGGUACCAAGCGAAUUCUGUUAAAAGGGUGUUUUACUGCUACUAAUUUUC